GUGUGUGUGGGCGGAGCUUCGCAGGUCACGUGUCGUUGGUGCUUCUGCUACUAUAAAUACCACGCGCACUAGCGCCUUGUUUUCAUUCGCUUCAGGACGUCCAGAGCGGAGGGUCGGAGACGCGGAGAGAGAAAAAUAUAUAUAAAUAAAACACGUCACGUGAGAGACCAUGGCUCGUACCAAGCAGACUGCUCGUAAGUCCACUGGUGGGAAAGCGCCCAGGAAGCAACUGGCUACAAAAGCAGCGAGGAAGAGUGCGCCCUCCACUGGCGGAGUCAAGAAACCUCACAGAUACAGGCCUGGAACUGUCGCGCUGAGAGAGAUCCGUCGUUACCAGAAGUCGACGGAGUUGCUCAUUCGCAAGCUGCCGUUUCAGCGCCUGGUCAGAGAAAUUGCACAGGAUUUCAAGACUGACCUGAGGUUCCAGAGUGCAGCCAUUGGUGCUCUUCAGGAAGCAAGUGAGGCUUACCUUGUCGGCCUGUUUGAAGACACUAACUUGUGUGCCAUUCACGCCAAGAGGGUCACGAUCAUGCCCAAGGACAUCCAGCUGGCGAGGCGAAUCCGAGGGGAGCGAGCAUAAUGAAAUUUGUCAUGUUUUAAUCUUUGUUAACCAUACAUCCUAAAGCAGUGGAUUUUAACUGAUUGCAUAAUUUUGUAAAACAUUCCCUACAGACUCAGGUUUCUGGUGAAUAAUGUGUAUUUACUAUUGGCAGUGCUCAUUGUAGAGUAGCAUUAGUUUGCAUGCUGCACUAUUUAUCUUUUUACAUUGAUUAUUGGGUUGUUAAUAAAAUUUUACUACCUCA